AUGGUUGAUGGCCUCAAACCAGGCCAGAGAAAGAUUUUGUUUUGCUCAUUCAAGCGGAACUUUGUGAAGGAGGCUAAGGUUGCCCAGUUCUCUGGUUAUGUUUCCGAGCAUUCAGCAUACCACCACGGUGAGCAGAGUCUUGCUAGUACCAUUAUUGGAAUGGCUCAAGAUUUUGUGGGCAGCAACAACAUAAACCUUCUGCAGCCUAACGGACAGUUUGGCACCAGAAACCAGGGAGGAAAAGAUCACGCUAGUGCAAGGUAUAUCUGCACUAGCCUUUCACCCCUAACUCGGUUCUUGUUCCCAAAGGACGAUGAUAUUCUUCUUGAUUACUUGAAUGAAGAUGGCCAGUCGAUUGAACCCACUUGGUAUAUUCCCAUUAUACCUAUGGUUCUAAUCAAUGGAAGUGAAGGGAUUGGUACAGGAUGGAGCUCUUUCGUUCCUAACUACAACCCUAGGGACAUAAUCGCUAAUGUGAGAAGGUUGUUAAAUGAUGAACCAAUGCAGCCCAUGGACCCAUGGUAUAGGGGAUUCAAGGGUCUCAUAGAGAAAUCAGCUACAAAGGAAGCUGGUGUGACUUACACCAUUACUGGUAUUAUAGAGGAAGUUGACAACACAACACUGAGGAUCAUGGAGCUUCCUGUUCGCAGAUGGACCCAGGAUUAUAAGGAAUUUCUCGAGGCCCUAAUGACUGGCAAUGAUAAAGUCAAGGAACCAUUCAUAAAGGAUUAUCGAGAGCACAAUGAUGAUACAACAGUGCACUUCGAGGUUACGUUAACAGAGGAAAACUUGAAUAUUGCCUUACAAGAAGGUCUUGAGAAGAAAUUUAAGCUCACUACCACAAUUGGAACUACUAACAUGCACCUAUUUGAUUCCAAUGGUGUUAUCAAGAAAUAUGAUACCCCAGAGCAGAUUCUUGAGGAUUUUUUCCAUCUAAGGCUUGAGUUUUAUGAGAAACGAAAGAAAGUACUCUUAGACAAUCUUGAGAUGGAUUUACUAAAGCUGGAUAACAAAGUGAGAUUCAUACUUGGUGUAGUCCGAGGUGAAAUUAUAGUUAAUAAUAGGAAGAGAGCAGAACUAUUCAUUGAGCUGCACCAGAAAGGCUUCACUCCUUUCCCUAAGAAAUCGAAGGGCAUCGAUGUUGCCAUCGUGGGGGCCACCACUGAAGAAGAAGAAAAUGAAGAGAGUCCAGAAAUGGGGAAAGGCGGAGUGAGAGCUAGUGAUUAUGAAUAUUUGCUCUCCAUGGCCAUCGGUACAUUGACACUGGAAAAGGUCCAGGAGCUAUGUGGAGAAAGAGACAAGUUGGAGAGUGAGGUUGAGGAAUUGAGAAAGGCCACGCCGAGGUCUUUGUGGUUGAAAGAUCUUGAUGCUCUUGAAAGAGAGCUAGAAGAGCAAGAAAGAAAAGAUGCUGAAGCUGAUGGGGCAAGGCGAGCGAUGAGAGCCAAGAACAUUGGAGCUGCUGCAGCCUCCAAACAAGGAGCAAAGAAACCAAGAAAGAACACUUCUAAGGCAGUUGAGAGUGAUGAUGAGGAUGAAGUACUCGAGUUAAAAGAGCGUCUGGCCGCUUAUAACCUCAAUUCUUCUCCCGAUCAUUCUGGUAAUUUUAAAUGA